GAAGUCGGCCGGUACAUUGAUUCGUAUUUUAAUCGAUUUUGUUUGUUGCGGCAACCUGGUCUUUAUACAGACAAUUAUACAACAGGAGACCCAUUACCGAAAAUGCAUAAAUUUAUACUUUAAGUCAAGAAGCUGCUAAUUUUAAAAAGGCAAAAAGUUGAAAUCAUAAGUUAAUUUGGUAACAGCCAAAGCACAAUUCGGCAAAGUAUAGUCGCAAAUUUAACACUGAAAAGCCUGCUUAUAACUAGGUAGUAGGCCCUUAACAGUGUAAAGAGUACAUAUAUCAGUCGACUUAUACAAAUCAAUCAAAAUUCUUCUUAAACAAUUAAUUCGUAAGAGACACCUAAUUAAGCCAAUUUCAAUGGCUAAUGAUGUCGCAAUGUUCUUUACUGGGGAGGAAAGCUAUAAAGGAGAAAAACUAAUAUAUCCUGCUGCUUCAAGAAACCAAGAUCCAAUUUUGCAGGUUUUAAAAAGGUUCAUUAUCUGUGAUGUUGAUAGUAUUCAAGAUGAAGAAAGUCCAUUGUUUUUAGAAAUAGCAUCAGGUUCUGGACAGCAUGUAGCACAUUUUGCUCCUAAUUUUCCAGGAGUCAAGUUUCAACCAACAGAAGUGGAUGAUAGUUUGAUUGGAAGCAUAAGCUAUUAUGCCAAUCAUUGCAAGACAAAGAAUAUACUGCCACCAAUGCUUAUCGACAUAUGUAAUAAUUUGUCUACCUAUGGGUUUGAGGAAAAUAGUGUUGACUACAUGUAUAAUGCCAAUAUGAUUCAUAUUAGUCCGUAUGCAUGCACUGUUGGUUUAUUCGAAAAUGCAGGAAAUUAUUUAAAGCCUGAUGCUCUAAUGAUAACAUAUGGCCCAUAUAGUAAAGAUGGUCAAAUAACUCCUGAAAGUAAUGUACAGUUUCAUGCUUCGCUUAAAGCAAGAAAUGCUGAAUGGGGAAUUAGAGACAUAACAGAACUUAUUAAAUUAGGUGAAAAAAAUAACUUGAUGCUUAUGGACACUGUAGAAAUGCCUGCAAAUAACAAGACUUUAAUAUGGAAAAAGAAUUGAUUUUUCAGAUCUGCAUGAUACUACCUUAAUGUAUUCAUUAUACAAAAUGAAGUAAAAAAAUAUUAAUGUAAAAAAA